UAAUUACCAAUUGGAUAUCAUGAAAUAGGGGGGUAAUAAAAAUAAAUAGAUAUUUGGUCUAAUGAUAUUCUAUGUACAAUACUUCUGCGGUCAACAGGACAGAACUAGCACCUUCCCCUCCACCCUGCCAGAGUCCCCGGUUUGCAACUCUCCCGGUAGCGCCUUACUGCUGGGUCUGAAGAGGGUGUCUUCGUUGCUGAUCGACUGCAGGAAAACACCAGGGCGGAGUGGAACUGUGAGAGAAGGACACGAGGGAGAUUUGAUUUCAUCAAGGGACACAUCUAAACGUGGUCUCGGUGGGAGGGGCUUAUCUGCUCAACUUAAACCACAUGUUGCUGAUGAGGCAGAGAAGUGUCUCUCCAGGUCAGAACACUUCAAGAAACAUCAGCAGAGACGUAYAGGGAAGAAACCUCMCCACUGCUGCUCUGAYUGUGGGAAGAAUUUCACUAGCCGGAGUUGCUUCAUUAUUCACCAGCGGAUUCACACCGGCGAGAGACCGUACUUCUGCUCUCAGUGYGGGAAGAGGCACAUCUCUGCAGGGCGUCUUAAAGAACACCAAAGAAUCCAUACAGGAGAGAAACCUUACAGAUGCUCACAGUGUGGGAAGAGUUUUGCUCUAUCUGGCACCUUAAAAUCUCAUCUGAGAAUCCAUACAGGCGAGAAACCGUACUGCUGCUCUCAGUGUGGGAGGAGUUUUACUGUAUCUACCGCCUUAAAAUCUCAUCUGAGAGUUCAUACAGGGGAGAAACCGUACUGCUGCUCUCAGUGUGGGAAGGGUUUUACUGUAUCUAGUGCCUUAAAAUCGCAUUUGAUMAUUCAUACUGGCGAGAGGCCUUACCCCUGCCUUCGUUGUGGGAAAAGCUUUGUUAGUGCAGGAAACCUAACUGUACACAAGCGGAUACACACUGGAGAGAGGCCUUAUAGCUGUGAUCAGUGUGGAAAGAGCUUUGCUCUAGCUUCCGUGCUGACUUCCCACCGGCGCAUACACACUGGAAAGAAACCGUAUACCUGUGAACAGUGUGGGAAGAGCUUUGCCGUAGCUUCCUCCCUGASUAGACACCAGCGAACACACACUGGAGAGAAGCCUUAUGUCUGUCUAUGUGGAAAGAGCUUUGCUCAGUUAGGGACAAUGAAAAGUCACCAGAAAACAAAAACGUGCCGUAUUUCCUCUCCCUCCUAUACGGCACCGGUUCCAGAUCCCUAAAUAAACUUCUAGUGAACAAUCAUAUCCAUCUACCAUUGUUAAACAGUUGACUUAGUCUGAUCACCAUGGUAACCUCUGGAGGAUAAUAUUCAGCUCUGAUCUAGGAUCAGGUCUCCCCUGUCUCUAUGUAAUAUCACACAUUGGGAUCUAAAUGGAUAAAUGUUAUCAUACAAAAUUUCAUAGUGAACCUCUGUGUAUGUGUGUGUGUGUGUGUGUGUGUGUGUGGGGGGGAUGUUAAAUUGUAUCGUCUGUCAUAUACUCAUGAUACUAUUAUUAUAUCUCAUUAUGUAGAAUAAUGUUUCAAUAAUAGGUGUAUAUUCAUGUAUUUAAUUAAUCAAUAAAUUCAAUCCAUUAUCUUAUAAACAAGA